AUGCGUAAUUUGAGAAGCCCCGCGCCCGGCAUGGUACUGCUCUACCAAGAAUGCGUAUCCAUUCCAUUGUGGCCUGCGGUACACCUCACAGACGAUGUUACACCACAGUCAUUCCUCGCAACUCGACCGCCCGGGCUUCACUCAAUCGUGCUGAAACUAUCUAGAGUGGCUGACUACAGUUAUCUGCGGUGGGCAUUGACGUCACAGAUGACAACGUUCGACCCCAGCGCUGCCGACAAAGAGACGAAGCGAACUACUCCAGGACUUCAAGAGGCGUAUGACAUUGCUCUCGAUUCUCUUGACGUGGAACUGCCAUUGGAAUACUGGAAGGCUAUACUUGAUUCUAUUCAAGAAGAAGAGCUACCACCCGUUGACAACGACCAAAAUGGCUUUGACAGUGACCCAGAGAUGGCGGAGGCGAUCAGAAUGGGUAUCAUCGAUGUCCCUCCGCAAAUAAUUCGCUCUCGACAAAAGCCACCGGUACCUCGUAUGGGACUGUCAAGCGGAGUCUCCAAACCUUCGCAUUCACGGCGUGUGAGCUCAGUCCCGCAUCAGUACGAUACAGAGUUGCCAUUGCCUAUUCGCAAGCACCCGCAGCCACCAUCAAGUUUGCUGACACUGGCACCUUCACCUCUAGUCGCGAACAAGUCCUUCAGCUUCUCAUCGCGACCACCGAAGCGUUCAGGUCCACCUACGCCAGCAUACGUGGAUGAUGAUCUGCUUUCGCCCACGCAGAGGAGAAAGCUCGGUAGAAAUACGGGGGCUGAGCGAGCCAGCGCCUAUCAGACAACAUCACAAUCCACUCAAGGGAUAUCCUCCUCACCGUUCACCUUCUCCGAUGACAGCGAAGAUGAGUUGCCUCCACCGCCCCCGAGGGGGAAGUCAUCAAUUCGCAGACCGGCAUCUGUAUUGCCACUAUCCGCGCAGGAUCUAUUCCUCAAUAACGGACUGAGGGCUUCAACGCCUGCGGCGCCUGAUGCGGACGUCAUUGAAGAAGAUCUGUAUGUAGAAUGCGUGAUCAAGAGUUUCCUCCGUCUAAUAUGCAACAGUGAAGAGAGCAAUCAGUUCGUACAGGUGUUCGUUGGUCCUGAGAUAGAUCCAGCAAAUGGCAGUGACAUUGAUCCUCAACGCCGCAAGUACAAGUUGCAACUCCUCAAGCAGCACGUGUGGGACAGGCCUUACUUCCGCGAUGCGCUCUCGGCAAGGAACUAUAUAGGGCCCAUUGGCGAGAAUACAUGGGAACUCGUCCAUCCGCGACUUGUCGACAUCUCCCCAGAAGAUUUUCGUUGGGCCGCAGAGUACUUGUCAGGCGGCGAUUUUGGCCACCGAGAGCCCGAGACUGAGGAGGAAGUCAAAGAUACAUUCGCCCAAUGCAUGUCAGCACGGAGGACUGCCGAGCUUCUGAACAUGGACGACCUGCUCGAACACAUCGUCGACAAGAUUCGUGCCUUCCAGCCCUGGUGGGACCUCUGGAACGUAAUGGCAUUUGCCGUCUCAAUUUACCAGAGCGAGGUUUCUCUGCAGGCACAUGACGAUCUGAAGGAGCUGUUCACGGGAUACAUCGCAGAUCUCUUCUACAUCUAUAUCGAAGACGAUCAUAUCAGCACGACUUUCACCGACCGUCUGAAGCAGCUGCCAGAGCUCGAGAGAGACGUCUUGAAGAAGCGAUUUGCACAGCUGGAGCACCGUUUGCAGCCGCAGGAGGAGAAGAACAACCAGUAG